AUGACAACAGAAUCCUCUGAACAGUCAUCCUUGUCCCCAGAACUUCGACAGCGCGACACGGAGAAUGAUACGUGGCUCUCUCUUUCCGAGUCUGCUUCUCAAGGCGCCCCGGAUCAUGCUCGAAGUCUGUCCACCGAGUCGUCCAACUUGGUUGCCGCUUCCGCUUCAUUUGUCCCGCUAACUCCGCCUUUCGAAUACACAACAACAUCGGUUGGUGACUGGCUCGAGCGGAUCUACGAAAGCUGCUUCGACAACGUCUUUGGCUUUUGGAUGGGGAGACAUGCGUGCGCACUGGUUGUCGACCCCAGCUGUAGUAUCAUCUUGCCUCCCAGUGGAUACUUUUCCGAACUGGACGAGUCCAUAUUCGGUGACUGGGAAGCGCGGAAUCAGCCAUGUAGUGACCAGUCGCCGAGUCAGAAACAACAGAGGUGGGAUCAGAUCGAUCAAUCCCUUAGGCAUGCCAAAAGGUCGUUUGCAGCACGAUGGUUCCACCUUAUUCCCCAGACCGAACGAGCCGGUAUCCUGCCUGAACAUAUUGUCAGAGAGUUCUGGCGCAAAUCGCGGAGAGAUAUGCUGAAAGUGGUCAACCGUGUGUCAUAUCGUUCUGCGCUUACUCUGUUCCUCUUCUCCCUGACACCCGUCCCUGUGGGAAUAUCAGAAGAAGAGGAGAUGGACGGUUUGUCAGGUCAACUCUGUGUCCAAGCCGCCUUGCAACAGAUCCAACGACUGCGUGAGGGGCAGCGCAGCUGCCAGUUUAGCGGAUCCAUGGUGGUGCAAGCGUCGGAUCCAUUGACAAGUCCAACAGCAAGUUCAAGGCUUUCAGACAAGUUUCUGCGGACUGAAGCACGUGCCUACUGGGCGGCGCUGACGUUCGACACCUCUUCGUCACUCACACUGAACCUGAGGUCAACACUCACUUCAGGACUGCAUGGCGCGGAGAUGGAAUCCUGCUGGCGAACGCUUAGAAUGGGUGCGGGAUCUUUCCAUACGAGGACUGAGGAAUGGCGGAGGAAUCCCUUCGCAAUGACAGAGGAUGAAGUCUUACAGGUGAUAGCCGCUGCCGCGGCGACAAAGCUUUACGUGUGGAAGAUGAUUUCCGUCUUGAAAGAAGCGCUCAGAGAAGGUUCGGAAGAUGAGAAGGUGCUUCGAGCCUGGACAUCCUUCACCGAAGCCAUCGAGAUAUUUCGAGUCACUUUCCGACCGCUCCUCAAUGAUUGCGAACGGCGACUCCCGUUUCUCGGGCAGGUGGAGAAGCUGAAUUGGUACGAGCUUAUGCUGCACUAUUAUAUGGGCAUUUUGAUUCUUGUCGACGCGCUCGAAGCAGCUGAGCGACAUGAUCUACUAUCACAACUGUCAGAGACCCAACUCGAAGCCGAACAUGAGGUUUUCAGUGCGCUAAAAUUCGGCCUGGAUAGCCAAUACACCGUCGGUGGAUCUCACCAAGUUGGACCGACGAUGGGGACGCAAAACUCAAAACUGGACCAGACUACAACUGCGUCUUUUAUCGCCCUUGAUCCGUAUCCGCAUCAUGUCGUUGCGGCAGCCCAACUUAUGGGGAAAGUCGUCAGCAGACAAUACCGCCAGGGCAAGGUCAAACUGGAAGCAUACAAAUAUUUGAAUGGGACCUUGCUCAAGUGUCUUGCGGAGCUGCCGCAAACCUCCAAGUCUGUUCAGGCCGCUCGACAAAAUCUGCAGAAUGCACUCACGGGGCUGGAAAAUACCUCUUCGCAGUCUGCAAUUGCUGGAUGCCUACAAUGGCCUCUUCAGAGUCUAUUAUUGCGAGCUAAAACCGAACGAUGA